GCUUUAGCUCUUAACUUCCCCUUUACUUGUUUCUACUGUCUUCUCUAUUUGAAUCGUUGUUUCUUUUGUGUUUGCCUUUUCCUUUUUAUUUCAUAACUCUAGAGAUAAAAAAAGGAAAAAAAAAAGGGAAACAUUAAAACAUCAUUAUGUCACCUGCAGUUUCUUUUCAACGUCGAAAUGCCGAGCUAUCGUUUAUGUCUUUAUCGCCCGUCACCAGUCCUCCACCUGUCGAUAACAUGUUCUCCAACUUUCGUCUCGGCACUUCGGCGUCAUCGUCGUCGUCGUCCUCCAAUACACAUCCACGACGAUUUUCCAAUCGUGCAAGGGCUAGUCAGUUGGAACUGCUAGGUUCACUGCCUAUGCCAAUAUCCCGUUUGCGAGCCAUCGAUCCAUCUGAACGAUUUCUGGCUCGGCUGAAUUUAGGCCACAACGAUAGCGGUGAAGCGAAUGCCGCUCAUCGUCACUACAUCGAACGACGGUUACACGAACCGGCCGUGGAUGUGUCAGAGCUAGAUAUCGAAUUAGACCAUGAUAUCUUGCAUUUUGAAUCGGUACCCGGAGACUAUGACAGUUACAGCUUUGCAACGGGCGUUGAAAAAGUUCUGCGCAACGAUCAAUCCGUAUAUUGGUAAGCUUAUUCGAUCCCAAACUAUUCCGCAUUGAGGAUC